GGCCAUGCCCAAGUUCCCUGUGCCCUUCCUGAUGCUCAAAAUUCAUCAUUUCCUCCCUUGGAGCUGAGUGUCUGAUGGGACCUCACGUUCCUGGAGCUCCCAGUGGCACCAAGAGAAACCUCAUUAUCCCACUUCCAAUCCUGCCAGUGUUUUAUUUCCCAUUCCUGUCCAUAAAACCAUUGCAGAGGAACCCAAAGCCAGGAUUUGGUUUGGUUUGUUAUUUUUCAGCCCUGUAGCACUGGGCUACAGUGUGGUUGUGGUGCCUGGUGACAACAUGGGAUGGAAUUUUUGAGGAGUUAUCUCAGUGCAGUUUAGCACAGGGGCUGUUUCCUCCAUCCCUGCAGGGUAGAAAGGCCCUGAAAUUUUCCGUGGCUCUGGUUCUUCAGCCCUGGGCACAUCUCAGGCUGCCCCCAAUGAGACUGCAAAGCUUCAGAGGUGAUUUCACUUUCAUUUCAGACAGUCCCACAUUAGGACCUUCACCAGCAGAUCAGGGGUUGCAAAAACCAGAAAAAAAAAAUUAAAAAUAAACCAAAACCAACCGACCUCAUGUACCAAGUGAGCUUUUCUGAUCUUUUUCCCCCCCCUCCCACACUAGGACAUCGUCAGAAAAUAGAUGAGCAGACAAAGCCCGGCAGCUUGUCCUUUUCUGAGCGCCUGAGCGAGUUGGAGCAGUUGCGUCGCACGGCCAUGAGGGUCAGCCCACACCACCCAGCCCCCACACCCAACCCUCGAGCCUCCUUGAACCACAGCACAGCUUUUAACCCUCAGCCUCAGAGUCAGAUUCAGGACUCCCGGCAGGUGCAGCCCUCGCCGCCCUGGUCCUACGACCAGUCCUACCAGUACCUGGGCUCCAUCGCCACGCCCACCGUGCACCCGGCCACGCCCAUCUCACCUGGCCGGGCCGGCGGCAUGACCUCGCUCACGGCCGAGCUCUCCAGCCGCCUCUCGGGGGCGUCCGACCUGACGGCGUUCAGCGACCCCCGGGUGGGCAUCGAGCGCUCCUUCCCGGCGCUGCCGUCCAUCUCCGACCCGCGCAUGCACUACCCGGGAGCCUUCACCUACACGCCCACGCCCGUCAGCUCCGCCAUCGGCAUCGGCAUGUCGGCCAUGCCCGCGGCCUCCAGGUACCACACGUACCUGCCGCCGCCCUACCCCGGCUCCUCCCAGGCCCAGGGCAGUCCCUUCCAGACCAGCUCCCCCUCGUACCACCUGUACUACGGCACCUCGGCCGGCUCCUACCAGUUCUCCAUGAUCUCCGGCGGCGAGCGCUCGCCGCCGCGCAUCCACCCGCCCUGCACCAACGCCUCCACGGGCUCCGCGCUGCUCAACCCCAACCUGCCCAACCAGAGCGACGUGGUGGAGGCCGAAGGCAGCCACAGCAACUCGCCCACCAACAUGGCCAGCACGGCCAGGCUGGAGGAGGCCGUCUGGAGGCCGUACUGAGGAUGAGGAGGUCAGGAAGGAGCUCCAGGGUCAGGACUUCACGCACUUCCCAUUGCCCGGCGCCCGGAGGGAUCCCAGAAACUUCCAUCCACGAGUUUCAGGAGCAAACCCUUGGGGAGUCAGCGCUCCCAGGGGUGGUGGCUCUCGUUGCCAGGCCCUGGCAAUGGAUUCCCGGCAGGAGAACGAGCUUCUGGGAAGGAGGACGCCCCGGUUGGUGGUGCAGAGGUAGCGAGGGUGGGUAAGAGGGUAUCCAGCCUGAUUCCAGGCCUGUGGCUUCCCAACGUGCCUGGGCUUGAAGGGCUCCACAGCCCUAAAAGAGAGUUUCGGUUCACUUCUAUUUUUAAGACUUAAAACCUUAAAAAAAAAAAAACCAAAAAAACAAAAAUAAAUCUUAGUGAGUUUACUGCAUCUUAGGGACAUCUUAAGUGUAAGGAAGUAUAGGAAGAUUCCCAGAGGGAAACUGUGAACGCUUCUGUUUUAGCAAUGCUGUGAAUGAGAGGUUUUAUAUGUUGGACUUCAUUCUUUCUUUUCUUUGUUUUGUUUGUAUAUUCCAAAGAAUAUGGAUUUUUUUUUUUUAUUACUGGGGUGGUUUUUUUUUUGUUUUGUUUUGGGUUUAGUUUUUUUGGUGUUUUUUGGUUUUAUUUUGUUUUUUUUUUAGGAUGCAGCUCAUCCUGCUUUGCAUCGAAUUUGUUUUAUUUCUCUUGGCACCUUAUAAAUUGCAAAAAAAAAAUUUUGCCCUUUUUUUGUUUUAAUCAUGCUUGCUUCUUUCUUGCUUUGUCAACUGAAAGAAUCAGCCCCUUUUUCAAUGAGUUAAUUUAACUUUUUAUCUCUUGGACUUUUUUUUUUUUAACACAACGGCUACAGCCUUGGGUCAUUUUCAACUACUGUAUUUCUUUGAUGAGUUGAUUGAUAUUUAUGCCUGAUAUUUAGACUUUUCUUAUUUGUUGAUACUAUUAUUAUUUAAAUAUGCCUAUAUUAAAAAAGAAAUAUCAGCAAUUGCCUUUUUUUGGUAGCAGCCAAAGUCAAAUUUCUCAGAUUGAAAAAGGCUGGAAUAACGAUGGGCAAAAGUGACCUCUUGAUUCCCUGAAAACAUUGUUUACAAUUAUCUUGCUCUCAUUUUACUCAGCUUAGGUCCUCGAAGGCAUUGAGGUGCCCAGUUCCUGCUGGAAGGCACCAAAAUCCCUGGGAAUUUCUGUGCCUUUCCAAGUGGUGGAGUCAUCUCUCCUUCCUCCUGCUUUGUCACCAGUGGUGGCCCUCAGGAUCAGGAAUCAGGACGUAGAUCCUUCCUAAGGCAAAUCCAAUAUUCCCUAAUUAAAUACCUGCCCACUGGAGGGACAGGACACAGGCAAUGGCUCCCACUGCCAGAGGGCAGGGCUGGAUGGGAAUUGGGAAUUAGGAAUUGUUCCCUGGCAGGGUGGGAGGCCCUGGAGUAGAAUUCCCAGAGCAGCUGUGGCUGCCCCUGGACCCUGGCAGUGCCCAAGGCCAGGCUGGAGCAGCCUGGCACAGUGGAAGGGGUCCCUGCCCGUGGCAGUUUUGGUGGAUGAGCUUUAAGAUCCCUCCCAAGCCAAACCAUUCCCUGGUUCUGGGAUUCCCAGGGCAAGUCCUGGCUCUGAUGGAAUCUGGGUGAGGUUUGCUCCCAGGGUUUCUGUGCGGCACAAAAGCCACGUUCCACUCUGCUGGCAAACACAUCCCUUCCUGGAAAGCUCCAGAAAAGCCAGGGCCAGGACAACCCUUCCAUCUGCAUCUUCUGGGAGAAGAGGAGGGGUAUUUAGAGCUGGUGGAGCCAAGGUUGUGCCCUGUAGUAAAUCCACAAGGGUUUUACUAGGAGCAGGUUCAGGAGCCGUCACGGCCGCCCGUCGCCCCAGCACAAACAGGUCAGAUGUCACUGUAACGUUUUUGGCACUAUUUUAUUGAGGGAUUGCUCUGAAUGCAGCUCUUGUACUACUCCUGAACUCCAAACUGCUGAUGUUGACACGUGUGAGUCCCAAAUGAGCUGGUUAUUAUUUAAUGUACCUCUCAAACCAGAGAAACAAUUGCAGGUCAACUCAAGAGAGUAUUUGAAAGCAGGACUUCAGAUCAGUGUUUGAUGUUUAAAAAAAAAAAAUUUAAAAAGUUAAAAGGAUUCAAAUUAAAAAGAUCCUUGGCUGCAGGCAGCAAAACAGCUGGACUUAUUUAAAACCAUUUGUUUUUCAAGUUUCUCUUUUUUUAUAUAUAUAUAUAUAUGAUUUUGCUUCUUUGUUUGAGUUGGAUGCAGUAGCACUUUGGUAUUGAAAAGAAUUGAAGAAUUUUCACUGUCAAUGAGGUUGUUUUUGGGCAGAAAAUAGGGAGUGUUUCAAGAGAUCUCAGCAAAAGCCCAGGAUGUCUCUGGUAAAACACACGGCCUUGUGCUUUUCAUUUAAUGAAAUAUCCUUUCUAUUUCCAGAGUUUGCUCUGAAAACAAGACAGAAAACAUCCAAAUUCUAUCAGAAAUAUAUACUGAAAAUCUGGAGAGCCUGCUGAAUACAGAAAUAGAGAGACCCCCCAGCUGUAGCAUUUCCAUAGUUGGACUCUCACCUCUUCAGUACCCUAAGAAAAUUUCGAGUCCCACAGCACUGAGCAGUAGCUCUGUUGCAGAAUCCAUUUGGCACAUUCUGUGCAAUUCAAACCCUAAUUUAUUGCAGCUCUCAAUUAAAAUGGUAAUUGAUUACAGCUCUCACAUCUGCCUUGUGACUGGACCACCAAAGUUCACAGAGCUGGGAGUGCAAAGACAGCAGGGAGGGAGAGGAGAGGAGCUUGGAGGAGCCAGGAAGGGCCAGGUGACCUGGAGAGGGAAUUUUACCCGAAGCAGGGAGUGAUAGGAGGAGGAGGAUGGUAUUGAGAUGAAGGAGGGCAGGAUUAGAUGGGAUAUUUGGAAUGAAUUCAUCCCUGUGAAAUUUGUGAGGCCCUGGCACAGGGUGCCCAGAGAGGUGUGGAUUCCCCAUCCCUGGCAGUGCCCAAGGCCAGGCUGGACACUUGGAGCAGCCUGGCACAGUGGGAGGUGUCCCUGCCAUGGCAGGAGUGGCACUGGGUGGGUUUAAGGUCCCUUCCAACCCAAACCAUUCCAUGAUUUGAUGAUUCCAUGAGUUCAACCCAGUGGCAGAAGUGAGGUGGUUGUGGCCACCAAGGUGAGGUUGUUGUGGCCACCAAGGUGAGGUAGUUGUGGCCACCAAGGUGAGCUCAAUGUGGCCACCAAGGUGAGCUCAAUGUGGCCACCAAGGUGAGCUCAAUGUGGCCACCAAGGUGAGGUAGUUGUGGCCACCAAGGUGAGCUCAAUGUGGCCACCAAGGUGAGGUAGUUGUGGCCACCAAGGUGAGCUCAAUGUGGCCACCAAGGUGAGGUUGUUGUGGUCACACAUUGCCAGGCCUGUGGGACACCAUAACCUCCUUUUUGCCCCAGCCCUUUCAGCCCCCAGAACUGAAACCCACCCUCCCUGGAAGCUAAAAAACCCAGGGAUUCACAGGAACAGGGAGCUGGCAACCCUCAGACCCUAAAUCAAACAUUUCUUAUGUCUGUGCCUCUCCUUUGUCUCCACUCAUGCUGAAGGUGAGGUUGAAUUUGGUUCUCCCUGGUGUGAGCAGGAUGAGGAAAUACAGAACUGGUCACCACCACAUUCCCCUGUGUCCUUAUUGACUUUUCUGGAAUUUCUCAGUGUUUCCCAUGUUUUUAUUGCCAGCAACCAAAUUUUGGAGUCCAACCUCUCUGGGUAUGCCCAGCACUGCAAAGAAAAGGAAAAGCCAAGUUCAUUACCCCUGGCAAUUAAUCUGUUUAAUUAAGCACUGUGGGUUUCAGUGUAUUCACUCAUCAGAAACCAUAUUUUACUCAAAUAUUUGGUUUUGUAGCCAUCACUAAGGAUGGCACCGUUUUUCAAGGCUGUGAAAAUGCUCUCACAUCUUUCCUCUUAUAUUUUAAGAGCAUGUAACAAGCAGGAAAAAAACAAAAGACAUUUGGAUGAAACAUUUCCCCCAUCCCCAUCUCCAAAUUAGAGUGCAAAAAUAUCUAUUUUUAUAUGGAUAUAAUAUAUAUAUAUAUAUAUUUCUAUAGUUUUAACAUCCUGGGAGCUGAAUGGAAUCAGAAAAAUAGAAUUCUUGUGCUUCUGCUCUGGAGCUGCAGUCAGCAGAGUGCUCUAGGUACCUCACCCUCCCAAAACUCAGCUCCUGGCUGUCCUUACUCUCAACUUGGGUGCUCCUUUCACAAGCCACAGCUCCUUGUCCGUGUCAAAUAUCUUCAACAUAAAUUUUGCUGGCUCUGAGGACAAAUAUUUCCCUCUCCAACAACAUUUAAAUUUAUUUAAGAGUUCCUGCUUGCUCCCAGGGCAUUGGAGAGGAGCUUUAAUGCAGAGAGAAGAAGGUGCAGAGAGCAUCCCUGCUGGGAAGGGUUUGAUUUGUACAAAUUCUCCACCAGGAAUGGAGAGAAAUCCUCUCCUCCAAACAGCCUUUGCCAAAACAUCCCAAAUUUCCUGCUCUCUUCAAACAUUCCCUGCUGCUUCCUGAGUGCCCUUUUCUGUGGCUGUGGAUGAAAUUCAGGGAGGAGUGGAUCUGUUUUCUGUCCUCAGAGCAAAACUCUGCCUUGUUUUCCUGCCUUGUUCCAUUUCCCGUUGGGUUUUUGUUCACCUCGCUGGGUCAGUCCCAACCACUGGGCCUUUUUCUCCUUGUCCUUCCAGGGUUGCAUCCCCAGAGUCACUUGUAUUUAUGUCUGUAAAUAGAUUUCCAAAGCUUCCUAGCCAAAAUAUUUAGUGCUUGUAAUUACUCUGCAUUUUUCUUUUUUUUUUUUUCCUGUGUUUUUAAUGAACUUACCUUUGUGUUUGCUGAAAUACUGUAGUGAGACUUAUUUCUUUUCCAAAUUAGUUAUUUUUAGGCUUUGAGAGGAACUACAUUUUAUUCACUUUUGUAAACAGUUAUAGCAUGGUCUCUAUCCAACAUCCUUCACUUUUUUGUGGUAGGGGAGAAACAAACGUGCAAAAAAAUAAUAAAAUAAAAUCUGUGGGUUAUUUGUGGUAUUUUGGGUUGGACAAUCCCAGCUCUUUUUAAAACCAAAAUUUCAGAGUGAGGUGGUGAGGCUGAGGGGGGACACAGCCCCAUCAGAGUGGCACCAAAGGGAAUUUGUUCAGCAUUUUCUGGCUAUGUUUACAAAACAUUUUCCCUUUCACGCUGAACUCUUCCUGGAGGGGAAACCAUCAGCUUGGGGAUUUUCUGGGGGGUUGAUUACCAGGGAUUUUUUCUUCCUGGGGAGGGAGGGAGGGCAGGGUGUGGCUGCUGAUUUUUGGAACCAGAUAGGAAAAGAGAAUAGAGUAGGUUUUAUUUUUCCCCCACUCCAGGAAUCUCUAGCUGGCACCCCGGGGUAAAUUCUUGCUGUCCCCAGGGGUGGCUGUGUCCAGCACCACAGGAGAAUUCAUUACAACUACCCAGAGCAGCUGGACUGCUGCAGUAGUUCUAAUGAACACUUUUCCUCCUUUUCUUCCUUUUCUUUCUUUUCUUUCUUUGUACCACAGUUUCCUCUGUAAAUUCAAUAUCAUAAUUAGUGUGAAUGACAAAUAAAAUGUUUGACAAGUAUGCA